AAAUUUUCAGCAUGUGUAUCGUAUGUAGUUUACUGCUUCUAGGCGUUGCUGACGUAUUCAUUUUUCGUAGUUAGCCCAAUUUUUAAUGUACACAGUGCCUAGAAAUUGAUUAAGAAAUAGAACACUUAUUUUAGAUUACGAAAGACUUAUUCCAAUGUUUUAAUAAACCAGUGCCUUCAGGAAAAUCAUCAAAGUAUUAAAUAUGGGGGAUUCCAACAAAAAGUCAAGCCCUAAGGUCAAAGAACCUGUGAACCAAACAAGUCCAAACAACACUGUAAAAAUCUUGAAUGAGCGCGCCUCAAAACGUUCGAAACCAGCCAAUCCGGACUCUAGUCCACCGUUAAAGCAUGUGAAGCUUUCUAUUGGAAAAAGCAAAACUACUGUUGAAAAUAAUGAUGACAUGGACCACUAUGUAUUGAAAACCAUAAAAGACGAGGCCAGUUUGGAGGGUGGAGAAACAAUAGCUAUUGUAUUGAAUGAGGAGCCAAAAGGUGUUACGAGCGCUGCUGGAGAAGUAGCUGAGGAACUCCAAAUUAGCGAAGAGGAAGCCGAUGACACUGAUGGGAAAAAUGAUGUGAUGGAACAUGUUUGCGGCAAGUGCUACAAAACUUUUAGACGAUUUAGUGGUCUCAAAAAUCAUAUGGAAUUUUGCCGUUACGACAGUGGUUAUCAUUUGCGCAAAAAUGAAAUGCUAAAAAAUCUCGAUAAAAUCGAGAAAGAUGCUGUUACUAUGGAGAAGAAAGAUGUGUGCUUUUGUUGUGGCGAAAGCUAUGACACAUUCCAUUUGGGACACAUUAAUUGCCCUGAUUGCCCAAAGUCUUUCAAAUCGCAAAUGAGCUAUGAACGCCACAUAUUCAUUACACACUCCGAAUUCGACACCUACCCAUGUUCAAUUUGUAAUGCAAAACUGCGCAGCGAUAAUUUAUUAAAACUCCAUGAAGAGCAGCAUAAAAAUCGAGGAAAACCGUUUGCAUGUAAAAUAUGUGGAAAAGACUUUACUCGUGCGUACCAUCUUAAACGCCAUCAGAAGUAUUCAUCUUGUUCAGCCUCAGGAAAUGACUCCAUGAAGUGUAAAGUCUGCGACAAGGCUUUCUUUCGGUUGGACAAUCUUCGUGCUCACCUAAGGCAACAUUUGGGUACACACGUUACCAAAAAGCCUGAAUAUAGAUGCCCGCAAUGUAAAAAUUGUUUUUACAGUUUAUCUACUUUAAACAUUCACACACGUACGCAUACCGGAGAGCGGCCUUUCGAUUGCGAUUUAUGUGAGAAGAAAUUCCCCACUUUAAUUGCUCUGAAAAAACAUCGCCGUUACCAUACUGGUGAAAAACCUUACACAUGUUCUGUGUGUAAUCAAUCGUUUGCCGUUAAGGAGGUGUUAAAUCGCCACAUGAAGCGGCACACUGGUGAAAGACCACAUACCUGCCCGGAUUGUAAUAAAAGCUUUAUCCAGGCAUCACAAUUGCGAAGUCAUGCACGAACCCAUAUUUUACCGUUCGAAUGCGCAGAGUGCGAUCAGAAAUUCAAGACACAAAAACACCUCGACAAGCACAAAAAGACUCACAUCAAGAAAUGCUAUGAGUGCAAUAGUACUUUUGCCGAUCAGUCUCAACUGGAGGAUCAUAUGGCAAACUUCGUGCAUAAAAAAUCAACAAAAACAGCUAAGAAAGCAGUUACACGUAAAUCUACGAGACGCACGCGUACUUAUUGCAAUGUCUGCGAUCAAGACUUCAGUACCGUGAAAAAUUUGCAAUUUCACAUCCUCAAAGUGCAUGAAAUGGAUCCCGAAGAUUUCGUUAAUGAAAAACCCAAAGAAAACGAAGCAAUUAAAACUAGUGAAAAUGUUUACAAAAUCGAAGGAGCAGCAUCAAAUGAAAUACAGAUCCUUAGCGAAACAGAGGGUAACGCCGCCAUUAUGGCCGCUGGCAGUAUGAACAGCAAGGAGAUUUACAACAACAAUAAAGGCAGUAAAGGUGGUUUGGUGGUGAAAGAGUUCAUCGUCAAUGAUGUACCUGCCGCUGAAGAAACAGCAAUGGUCCUCCACGACGAAGCUUUUACAGUUAUACCACUAGACGGAGAUGGUCCCAUAGAAACAGUGACUGCUGUCACUAUGAGCCCUAUUAACAUAUCGGCAGAAGUUAAAAAGGAACGACGCAAAUCAUUAGCUGAAUCACUGGCUGUGGCAAUUGGUACAGACAAUGUCAUAUUGAAAGAGCCAAUACAACUGAAUGAAGAGGAUAUGAAAUUGAAGGAGAAUGUCGGAAAAUUACUAGAUAUGUUGGUCGAUAGUAAAACUUUGAAGAAAUUUGGUUGGCCAACCAAUAGCGAAGAAAAUGUUUUAUGCCGUGUCAUUGAAAAUUGCGGUUAUAACUUAACAAAAGAUGCAGAAACAUAUCGAGAUUGUGAUUACGCGACGAGAAUGCGUGAAUACGUGAAACUUUUAUUUACCGUAGUGAUUCAUAAUAACUCCAUAAAGGAGUUAUUAAAUAAUUAUCCCAUCGAUGAAGUAGUUGAGUACGUGCUGGGUAACGAUGACGACGAGGACGAUGAUGGUGAUAACGAUAAAGAUGAUGACAAUAGCAAUAUGAAAAAUUAGCAGAAAAUUAAUAGGCACCGAGAUCGUUGCCUUUGUUUAUAUUGAAUAUAGAAUAACAUAAACAAAACUUAUGGUAGUGAAGUUGCCUUCUGACGUCUAACAUUUUUAAUAUACAUAUAUACUAUAUAAUGUUAUGUACAAAUUUUCGUACACGUAUACAAACUUCUUUACUCUAUGAAUAGAUUUAUACCAGCAUCAUAUAGUGUGUACUAUGAAUGAAUUUUUAUCGCUGAAAUGAAGUUUGGUUAGUUGUGGACACUCGGUUUCGCCGAAAUGAAUUACAUUUAAAUUUUGUAAAAUAUUUUUCCAAGCAAUAAAUAACAAUUGAAUUGAAGUUAUGAAAUAACAAAACUUAA